AUGCAAAGGGAGGACCGCGAUACUUGGUUAUUAUUCAUCCUCAUUCAGAAAUUGGAUCACGAAACCAAGCAGCUUUGGUACCAGAAGGUUGCUGACAUGCCCGAAGGGAACAUAACCCUGAAGAUGUUUCUCGCUUUCAUCGAUUCACAUAGUUUCGCUCUGCAAUCUGCGCAACCUGUUAAGCCGCGAACAAUUGUGUCCAAGCCACCUGUGAAGCCACCGUAUAGAGGAGCAACAACAUUCGUUGCCACCAACAUUUCUUCAAAUUGCAACGUCUGUGCCAAAUCAGCUCAUCCGCUUUACCAGUGCGGUAAAUUUGUUCAUAUGAGCUCAGAGGAGAAGCUUUCACUUAUCAACUCACGAAUGCUGUGUCGCAAUUGCUUAAAAGAACAUCGUGGUGAAUCGUGCAGAUCCGGGAAUUGUCGGAAAUGUGGCUUACUCCACCACACCCUGCUGCACGCUGCCCUCACGCCAACAUCGCAUGCUGUCCCCAAUAGUGGUAGUCUGGCCGCACAAUCAUUGAUUUCGGCCCUCGAUGCUCCCACAGAUUUCGAUGCUUCCAACGUACUCCUCGCCACAGUGGCCAUAAACGUACUGGACAAGCAAGGACGGCCACAUGCAUGUCGCGCUGUGCUUGAUUGCGCAUCUCAAGUAAGUUUUAUCAGCCAGAGUUUUUGCAACGAACUUGGUCUCGAGUUGCAAGAAGCUGAUAUGAAUCUCGAAGGUAUCUCGGCUACACCUGCGCAUGCAGACAAAUGCGUGCCAAUCGUCAUAACAUCCCGAUGCACGGACUAUCGCACCACAGUUCCGUGUAUGGUGUUAGAAAGAAUCACUAAAACGCUUCCUGUUAAACCAGCGAACAUUGACGGUUGGCCCAUGCCGCAUUCAAUCAACCUAGCCGACCCAGUGUUUCACCGUCCAGGUAAAAUCAGCGUGCUCCUCGGCAUUGAAUUAUUCUUCCAGUUGCUUGAGCCUGGAAAGAUCAUCCUGAGUCCUGAUGGCGAUCUACCAACCUUGCAGAACACCAAGCUAGGUUGGGUGGUUGCUGGUCGCUAUCGUAAACCCACCAUCUCACCAUACACGAAGUCUUCGACGUGUUUGUUGACCACCUCUGACGAUAACCUCAAUCAUCAGUUGCGUAGAUUUUGGGAGUUAGAGGAAUGCUGCACAUCUACGCCCCACUUCAGCGAGGAGGAAAAAUUGUGUGAAGAUCACUUUCACAAACACACCACUCGUGACGACACUGGAAAAUUUAUUGUUCGCUUGCCGUUCCUUCAUCCCCCGAGUCAACUUGGAGACUCCAGACAAACAGCCGAAAAGCGUUUGUUUCAAAUCGAGAAAAAAUUGCAAAGAAACCCGCACCUGAAACAGGAGUACCAUGCAUUUCUUCGGGAAUAUUGUGAACUUGGUCACACGACACUUGCCGAAGAAGCAUCUCCGAGAGUUGCCGUAUACCUCCCCCAUCACUGUGUGGUUAAGGAGAAUAGCUGCACCACGAAAUGUCGCGUCGUGUUUGAUGCCUCAGCCAAGACCACCACUGGCAAGUCACUGAAUGAUAUGCUAAUGUGUGGUCCCGUUCUGCAAGACUCAAUAGUCGACAUUCUUCUCCGAUUCCGAUUCCCGUCCGUUGUAAUUAUCGGCGACAUUAAACAAAUGUAUCGCAUGAUCCAAAUCCACGAAGCGGAUCGUGAUUUCCAGCGGAUCCUUUGGCGAUAG